AGUUAACAAUCGAGGGUAACAUUAUAUUUUUAGAAUUGGUUAUGUAGUAGCCCAACUGCGAUUGCCGGCAAGGUCCACAGCACGUGUUUUCGUAGCAUAUUUUUUUCCGGUACAUGUGAAAGAAAAGUGUUAAAAACAUGGAAAGUACUGAUGAAUCUGAGCUGAGCAGGCUGGAAAACUGCUCCUACAGAUACCUACAGCAACGGGCCAAAUCUAUGGCAUUGCCAUCCAAUGUAAAGAAAGUGUACCUCAUAAAGCUGAUCCACACCCGUCUCUUCGGCACGGAGCAUGAAGUGGAUCUGAUCAUUAACCAGGUGAAGCGUGAGCGCCUGCAGCUAGCACAGGUCAGGAAACGGAGAGGCGUGCGCCGGAUGCGACUGCAGGGAGAAGAAAUAUCAUCAACAAGUGAACACAUUCGGUCUCCACCAAUCACAGCUACCCCAAGACGCGCCGGACCAAUCAUCGUGCGAUGCAGCCCCAUCAUGAGAAGAAGCAACCAAAACCGAACAUCCACCUACAUCAGCACAAAAACUACCGAACCUACCAACACACAUACAAAUUCUACCACAAAGGCUUAUAUCCCACCGAAAAAGCCAGAGUGUGACCGGGUUUUACGGAACAGAACCUACCCUAUUUGCAAGUUUAAGAAGCCGGACUCCUACCAUGAGGUUCUGAAUAUAAACAAUAGUGUGAUUGGGUUGAUUCGUGGGAGAAACAUGGAAAGAGAGAAUUCAAGCCGUGGUUUAAGAGAAAUGAAGGUUUACCGAAGGAAAUCUCAGCAUUCCAUCUUGAAUAACCAGUCGGUACUGAAUGUACAAAAGAAUUGCAUUGUGAGACAUAGACCAUCGAUUCUGUCAGGCAAUUCGCCGCAAAGGUUGAUCCAGAAGAUUGAUGUAGCUUCGGCCAAUGACUGCAGAGCUCAAAUCAUGCCAAUGCUGACAUCUAGUGUGGCUAUGUCACCCUUACCAACCCCUGCUAAACGCAAGCGGACUCUAAGCGGUAUCUACCCAAUCAACCAACCAGAACCACCCAAAACCACAUACGAAUAUAUCCAAAGUGGCUUAGGAAUACGCAACCGCGAUGGAACCAUCUCAAAAAUCAAUGCUCUAGUCCAAAAACCUUCCAACAACAACUAUAACAAUAGCAACCGAAUGCUGACUACAAACUUCGAUGCGACGAUUCAAGACAUAAUCAACACAAACAUUGACAAUAUGUCUUUGAACAAUCAGUUUUGUAAACGGUACAUAAACACAGAUGUGUUAUCUAAAACAACAAUGGCUGAAAAUACGUUUACACAUACGGAGACUAAUUCAACGAUGGCAUAUGAGUUUGAGACUCCUGUUUCGAUGGUGAACUAUCAGUUGGAUGCGACAGAAGAAUUGAACAGUGUGUAUUCACAGUACUGUCAUAAGAAGAUACGGGCGGAACAAGUGAGGCACAGAAGGAUAUCAGCCAUCGGCUACAAGCGCGAGUCAGUGAAGGUUGUAGAAGAGAGCCUGCCCAGGAUACACGAGGUUUUCAGCAACUUCUCCGAGGUGACCCAGCCGAUUUAUGUGGGGUUUAAUGCGGAGGCUGAGCCGAUGCCAAGCUACGCAACCUACGAGCCUUCACAACCGACGCCCAUGCUGGAAACUAUAUACAACAUCAAGAACCAGUUCCUAUACCAUGCUCCCCUGGUACCAGUGCCCACUACCAGCAACACUAAGUGUGUGUUUAGUACACCUGUCGUUGCCACUGCAAAGGCGCAAUGCACCGCUUCAACUAACAUGCAAUAUUCUGUUCCUUCGUACGAGGUGGUUAACAACGCAGCUUACAACUACAUGCGGCAAUACGAGCCUGAACCACGGUUCAAUACCAAUGUGAUUCGACAGACACAAGACACCACUCUCUCGUCGUCGUCCCAGGUUCGACCGCCGGCCGGCUCCGGCUCGCCCGACAUGGAUGACGCGCUUGAACUCAUCAGUCAGGAUACUGACUACAUGGAACGGCUAGAGAUGGAUGUUCAGACUCAAUGUCUGCUCUGCGCGUGGACCGGGCCCAGUGUGGUUUUGGAGCCACAUAUUAGGAAGGAGCACCAACCCGAGAUCCUCUCAUUCUCGUCCACGGAAUGGCACGUGCCCUUCACUGUCGGCGCCAUGACGUCCCGCGUGAUCCGCCGUGAGGCACCGCCUUCGUCACACUACAUAUCAGAGCCAGACACCCCGGAAGUGGGCACCGUGACAAUAUACAACAAGGUGACCGGGGAACCCUUCUCUUGGGCCAGAGUGGUGCCAACACUGACUAGGCCGAGCCGCGUGGACUAUGGAUGUUUGAGGGUAAAACUAUCCGAUUUGGACCUGCUACCUAACAGUGCCAAUGUGGACCUUAUCGGCUCUCAACAAGUAUCAGAUUCCAACAGAGCCGUUUGUGGUCAUCCAGUGUUGGAUGAUAUCCACAUCACGGUUUUUGUUAAGAUUAAAAUUGUUUUUUUUAUGUAAAAGAAGAUUUUUGUUAUCUAUUUUAGUAAGA